AUGCCGCACCUGAUCUCGCCACCUGUGGUGGUGUGUGUAGAGGUGGGUAGGUCGAGUAGACGCCACAGACAUGUGGGUCUUAACCGCCUCCAGGAUGUGGCGCUCUGCUGGUGGAACCUGGAUGAGCCCAGUGAAGAGCUGUGGCCUCAAACAGACACACACAGAAACAACCUCUUCCUGAUUGGCUGCUCACAAGCCGAAGGCCUCAAGGUCCUUUGCUCUGUCCGGACUGAAGGCAACCCUCUGGACUGCUGCUUUAGUCAGCUUCAGCCCUAUCAGAUGCUGACAGUGGAGUUACCUGCAAUACCUCAGGGUUUCAGACAGGCCUCCUGUGCUGCCACCUGUGUAUAUGAAUGUGCACGGGGUCGACUGCGCCGCUUAUCCAUCAGCAACAUUCCACUACUAUCGCAUCCUCUCUCCUGUUCCCGUCACCCCUCUGAGACCACAAUCCUUUUUGGUUUGAGCGACUCCUCCUUAGUUCUUUACGACCAGAGACGAGGAGUCUCUCUGUUGGUCUCCUGCCCUGUGCCACCCACUUACAUGGCCUGGCACCCCACAGGGGCCGUUGCCAUAAUAGCAGGAGGCCAGGAAGAACUGAUAUGCUUUGAUGUAGGCUUGGCACCUUUAAACAUGGCGCUGGUAGCAGAGGAGGUAACUCCAGCAGCUACAUUAAGACUGACUCAGCAUCUGUACUGCCCUGGAGGCCUGGCUGGACUGAAGUGGGCAACAGGUUUGGAUGGAUGCCCAGAAGGGACAGAUAUGCUGACAGUAGUCUUCAACGGGGGACCUCUAGCUGCCUUAAGAUUAAAAUCAGGAGCACUUAUGGGGGUGCAGCUGGGCAUGGGGGAACUGCUGCAACAGAGGCUACGUUGUGGCCAGGUCAGAGAGGCUCUGGGCAUCCUGGAGGCAAUGGACUGGCGCAUCAUAGGGGACGAGUGCUACCGAGGCCUGAGCUCGGUUGUGAACCACCUGCUGAGACUGCAGCUGAACGCUGAGAGGGAAGCCCAGCUGGAAGCUGCUUUGGGUGUGUUUUACGCCCCACCUGUCCAUCUCUCUGAUACAGUGAUAAUGGAGUACAGAGAGCCAGCCAGCAAGUAUGCCCGCCGCUUUUUUCACCAUCUCCUCAGGUAUUGCCGUUUUGAGAAAGCCUUCCUCCUUGCUGUAGAUUUAGGAGCUAGAGAUUUAUUCAUGGACCUUCAUUAUGUUGCCAGUGAUAAGGGUGAGGAGGUGCUAGCAGAUGUGGCCAAGAGGAAAGCUAAUGAAAUCAAAGUCCAAGUCAUCGCAGGCAAUGAUGACCAUCUGAAUGGCAGAAAUGGUUCCAGCUUCAGUGACAGACGAGCAGAGAAGAACCAGAGAGCAAUGAGUCCUUCACCCUCAACUGUCAUAACUCAGUGA